UUGUUCCCAGAGACUCUCAGAGCUCCAGGACGCCCAGUCUCUCUGCUGCCUGCAGCCCAGACACAGCAGCCCCAACACGGACACGGACCGCCACCCUGCCCCCUCCUCCUCCUCCUCCUCCUCCUGGAGCUCCAACGCCUGUUUGGAUUACUAAUGGACGGGACAAACAGAGUCAAGUUUUAAAGUGGGAAACUUUAAAAGGAGUGUUGGGAGUUUAAAAACCACAAGCCUGAGAAGAGAAGAGGAGACCUUCAUCUUAUCUGGACUACUAACUUAUUGAAAUCCAGUGGACGUCUUGACAAACAAGCGUAUUUUCAUCGUUUGGAAACUUGAUGAAACUUUUGCAGAAUUAAACCAACAUUUUCCUGGAAUUGUCUUUUCGUCACUUUCCAGGAGCUCUGAAUCAAACCUGCAUCUCACUGAAAGGUUUCGGAGAGUUUUGGCAUCAUCAGGUUGGUUGUUUUGUUUUCUAGUUUUGGGACUUUUUUGGAAAAAUUUUCUGGAAUUUGAUUGAAGCUCAGCACCAAAUUCUGUACAAUUAAGCAGGAAAACAACCAAUCCUGAGCGGUUCUGAUUUGAAUCUGCCGUCUUCUUCACGUUAAAGUCUUCAUCAUGGUCCCGUCUGUCGGUCUGUGGUUGUGUCUGAACCUGCCGCUGCUGUUCACGGACGCAAAGGGCGUCGGCCAACACGAUGGUCAGAGCGACGCACUCGACCAGCCGUCCUCCCCCGUCAAAUUGGAACCUCUUUGGGUCGCCAAGCAGCUCGGGACCGGGGACGCCCCCAACCAGAGAAGACCCCUCCCCGAGAUGCUGGAUCUGGACGUGGACAGGAACCGCCGCCGCCUGGCCCGCGGUGCCGACGAGGAGGAGCAACAGUCCACCUUCAGCCAGUCCUUCGAGAACGACACGGUGACAGCGCCGCAGCCCACCGAGUUCGACGACGGCACUACAGUAGGACCAGGGAGCGGCGAUGGCACCAAUCUCCACGGAAACAUCUCCAGCUCCGACCACGACCCUCCGGGACUCUUCAACCCCUUCUACCCGUUGGUGGAAAGCUCGUACUCGGCCUACGCGGUCCUCUUCCUGGGCGGCCUGGUGCUGGCGGUGGGCGUGGUGGGAAACAUGGCGGUCAUGUGUGUCGUCUGGAACAACUACUACAUGAGGUCCGCCUGGAACUACCUGCUGGCCAGCAUGGCGUUCUGGGACUUCCUGGUGCUGGUGCUCUGCCUCCCCGUGGUGAUCCUCAACCAGCUCUCCCAUAGGAGGAUCCUGGGCGACAUCACCUGCCGUAUGGUGCCGUAUAUGGAGGUGGGUGGAGCUUGUGUGGAAGUCGGAGGGGGGAGAGGAAGUCAGUGAGAUUGGCUGAGAGUGAUUUUUGUGUUUUUGUGGUAUAAAUACUUUAAAUGUGUUGAUGUGAUUCGUCCUGGUAGCUCCAGAGGAAACAGAAAGGGUUCAUCCUCUGAGAAGCCUGAAGAUGUUCAUCUCUGUGAUGAACUGGUUGUUGGACUUUAAUGAUUUUGCACACAGGUGAAACGUUUGUUUUAAAGGUCAGGAGGUCAUUAGAUAUCACGUCAUCACCACACUACCAUUAUCAGCAUCACUAGCACCUUCAAGUCAAAGAACUGGGUGUUUCCCAGUGUGAGUGUGUGGAAAUGUCUUCAUGUUAACAGACAACAGCUAAAGGACCGAAACACACGGCCAUUAAAUUAACAUGAAUUAUAUUUCAUUUAGCAGAAGAAGUUCCUUCUUGAUGUUGGAAACAGAGAUAAUUUAUCCAUCGUGGUUCAUUUAGACUCUUUACUCACGAAGUCUCAUAAAAUGGUUACGUCAAGUUUAUAGAUUUGUAAUUUAAGGAUUCAUUAAAACGAUUAAAAGGA